AUGUCAAUUUUAUCUCGUUAUGGAUAUUCAUCAUGGAGUCGAAUGAGUACAUUAAAUAUAGUAUCGAAACGUGCACAAACGGCAGUUUCAUCAUUAUUGCAUACCAAUGGAACAAUAAAACCAAAAAAAUCAUCAAUCUCAUGUCGUACUGAUAUGAAAGAUGCACGUCGUAUUAUUGUUAAACUUGGUACAGCAUUGAUAACACGUGAAAAUGAAGAUGGCCUAGCCAUAGGACGUUUAGCAUCAACAGUUGAACAAGUGUCACAAUUACAAAACGAAGGCCGACAAAUGUUAUUGGUAACUAGUGGAGCAGUUGCAUUCGGUAGACAAGUUCUACGCAAAGAAGCUAUGAUGACAAUGACAAUGAGAAAAUCCCUUUCACCUAAAGAUAUUUUACUCAACAGCCGUUUGGCUAUUCAAAGACAAGCAUGUGCUGCUUUUGGACAGAAAGGUUUAAUGUCGUUCUACGAACGAAUGUUUCAACAAUAUAACAUUGGUGUUGCACAAGUAUUAGUAACAAAAAGUGAUUUCUACAAUGCUGAUAGUAGAAAAAAUUUACAAGCGACACUUGAUGAACUACUUAACUUAAAUAUUAUACCUAUUUUAAAUACAAACGAUGCAGUUGCGCCAUGUACAGAUACCGACGCUGAAGUAACAGCAGCAAAAGAUGAUAUUGUAAUUAAUGAUAAUGAUUCAUUAGCUGCUCGUUUAGCUGUUUUAAUAUCGGCAGAUUUAUUAUUAAUAAUGAGUGAUGUCAAUGGUCUAUAUACAGGACCACCGGAAGCAGAAGGUUCAAGAUUAUUGAAUACGUUUUGCCCGAAAAACGAUUCACAAUUAAUUACAUUUGGUGCUCGUUCAAAAGUGGGUACUGGCGGCAUGGAGUCUAAGGUAAAAUGCGCGUCAUGGGCACUCGAUCAUGAUGUUGGUGUAGUUAUAACAAAUGGACAAAUCGAUAAAGCUAUUUUAAAUAUAAUUGAUGGAAAAAAAAUUGGAACAUUUUUUACAAAUAUUCCUAAUACAUCGUUACCAGUUGAUAUUCAAGCUAUAAAAGCUCGUGAUGGUAGUCGACUUUUACAAAAGUUAACAAGUCAUCAACGUAAAGAAAUAAUUAAUAAAAUUGCAUCAAAUUUAAAUGAAUAUUCAAAUGAUAUUCUACAUGCAAAUAAACACGAUUUAGACGAAGCAAUAAAAGGAGGUCUUAAAUCAUCUUUAAUUGGACGUCUUGGUCUUACAGAAAAAAAACUACAAACAUUAUCACUUGGACUUCAGCAAAUAGCUGAAAAAAGUGGCGUACUUGGAAAAGUUGUUCGUCGAACACGUCUUGCAGACGGGUUACUACUAAAACAAAUUACAGCCCCAAUCGGUGUUCUUCUUGUUAUAUUUGAAUCCCGGCCUGAUAGUUUACCACAAAUAGCUGCACUAUCAAUAUGUUCUGGUAAUGGUCUUCUAUUGAAAGGUGGUUCAGAAGCUAAAUAUUCAAAUGAAAUAUUAACAAAACUAAUACAAGAUGCACUUGAACCACAUGCAUCCCGAGACACAAUUGCUCUAAUUAAUAAACGUGAACAAGUGUCAGAUUUACUGAAGUUAGGAAAAUAUAUCGAUCUUGUUAUACCACGUGGUUCCAAUGAACUUGUACGUUCGGUGCAAAAGCAAAGUAUACAUAUACCCGUAUUAGGUCAUGCAGAAGGUAUUUGUCAUGUAUAUGUUGAUAAAGAUGCAAAUUUAGAUAUGGCUUUACGUAUUGUACGAGAUUCAAAAUGUGAUUAUCCAAGUGCUUGCAAUGCUAUGGAAACAUUACUUAUUCAUAAAGACCUUAUUCGAACACCAUUUUUUGAAUCACUAAUAGAUUUAUUACGCAGUGAAAAGGUCAAGGUUUACUCGGGACCUCGUUUAUCAACAAUGGUUCCAUUCCCGCCACCAUCAGCAACAUCGUUACGUGUUGAAUAUGGUGAUUUGCAAUGUGCUAUUGAAGUUGUUGAUGAUGUCAAAGAUGCCAUUGAACAUAUUAAUAAGUUUAGUUCUAAUCAUACGGAUUCAAUCGUAACUGAAAAUCAAAAUACAGCCAGCAAUUUUCUUAAUGAUGUUGAUAGUGCAUGCGUUUUUCAUAAUGUUAGUACACGUUUUUCAGAUGGUUAUCGAUUUGGUUUAGGUGCUGAAGUUGGCAUUAGUACCGGCCGUAUACAUGCACGUGGUCCGGUUGGUAUCGAAGGUUUAUUAACAACCAAAUGGAUCGUUGAAGGUCAUGGUGAUGUUGUUGCAGAUUUUACUGAAGGGCGUAAAAAUUUUGUUCAUGAAACAUUAGGAUUAAUAGAUAAUUUUGUAGAAGAAAAAUGCAAAUAA